AUGGGCGCAGGUAUCUCCUCGGCGCUGAUGCUAGUGGGCGCUGCGGCGGGGUGGCAGGAGUCUGGGCGCGGCCCUCGGCUGCGCCAGCUCUUUGGGAACUACCGAGGGCAAGACAUUUGGGCCAUCCUCCGCAAGAUGAAGUCCACGGACGACGGCCAGGGCUUUCUGGGCUUCGAAGAGGUGCAGGAGCUGCUUUGCCUCAAGGCGCCCAGCAUGCUCUUCUUAUGGGACAUCUUCAGCCAGCAGAACGAGCUCUUCGCAGCCAAAGAGCUGCUGACGGUCGCCUGUGUCUUCAGCUCCGCCCUCUUGGAGGAGAAGGCGCGCUUCCUGCACGCCGUCUUUGACCUUUCAGGCCGCGGCCUAGGCACUGGCUCAGAGGUCGCGUCCAUCUGCCUCAUGGUCCUGUCUGUGCUGGGGAAGGUCACAGGUGCCAUGGCCAAGGCCAAAGAGGUGACGCCCCAGCUGAUGAUUGAGUUGGAACAGCUGGUGCCGCCCUAUGCCAGUUCUUUUCGGGUCCGGGCCAUGGUCUCGGCUCGGAUCGAGGAGUCCCCGGAGAUGCAGAAGAAAGCCCAGGAGGUGAUGCAGAAGGUCUCGCGGGUACUCAACGAGCGCGUCUCGCAGGAGCAGGGCGGCGGUCUACCGGAUGACGACGAGCCCUUCGACUUGGACGACCCCGGGCUUCCGUUGCGCCCCCGCGACAACAUUCUGCUGCGCCGGGACUCGAGGUGCAUCAUGUUCGACUCCUUCGCGUUGGGCCGCCAGUUCCCGGAGGUGGACAUCGACCCAAGGCUGGUCUUCGACAACCCCACCAUCGAGCAGCUCUCCCAGGCGAUCCUGGAGGCGCCCAAAGCCCAACGCACCCGAAGCGUGGAGAGCGCGAGUACCAAGGAGCCUGGCGCGGCCAACUCCGCGCCCUUCACGCAGCUUACGGAUGUGGCCGGCGCAGAGGCGCGCUGCGAGUACCACGCCCAGGAGGCGGCAGACCUCUUCCGGCGCAGCACCGACGGGGUGCAGAGCCGGCUGCUGCCGGCCUGCCGUGCCCAGAUCGGGGACGACACCUUCGCAUCCAGCCGGGAGAACGAGGGCCCUUCUCACUACGUGGAGCUGAGCAGCUUCCUCAUGGACGUUGAGCCGGUGAGCAUUGCUGCGUACGCCCGAUUCCUGAACCUGACCACGCCAACGCAGGAGGAGCUCUUCGACUGGUGCCUGCUGCCUGUCGACGACCCCCGGUGCUGCCACGUGCCUCUCAUCGAGGGACCGGAGGGCUGGCAGGUGAAGCCUGGGGUGCCGCCGAAUUGGCCAAUGAUCUUGGUGUCCUGGUGGGGUGCCAACGCCUACAGCCUCUGGGCCCACGGGGAGGACUGCCACAGCUACAAGAGUACGGCAAAGAGCUUUCUGCCAACGGAAGCCCAGUGGGAGUAUGCAGCCAGGGGCCCGGAGACCAAGCAGUUCCCUUGGGGAGAUGAGGAGGCCACCCCGGAGCUGCUGAACGUGAACUGGGACGCCACAGCCUACGACUCUAAGGGCAACGUGGCGGCCCACGUGGCGGCCCCUUUGGAGGAGCUGCCGCUCUGCGGGGUCAACACGCUGCUGGGGAUGUCCCCUUUCGGCUUGCGAGGUAUGGCGGGCAAUGUGUGGCAGUGGUGCCGCGACACCUACCACACCAACUUCUACAUGUCCUCGGAGGCAACCCAGCCGGACGCCUGGAACUGCGAAGAGGAGGAGGGCACGCUGAAGAGCGAGCGCGGCGGCAGCUGGGUGGGUCCUGCCUCGUUAGCGCGGAGCAGCUACCGCCGGGGCCGGCACCCGGGCGCCAAGGGCCGGUGCCUGGGCUUCCGCUGCUGCGGGCCGGGCAGGCUGGUCGAGAGCCGCGUGGCGCUGUGA